CUCUUUCUUAUUCCAUUGGCCGGUUGGCAAUCAUUGUUAGUGAUCAACGGUGCCGUUAACCGGCAAAGAAAAUAUGUUGUAGGAACAUGAAGGAGCAGGGGCAUCUGACCCAACCAUAAUUGCAUUUCUUAAACAGGGGCGUUUUGGGAAAAUAUUUUGCUGCUUUAGAAGUUUUCAGAUGGCCGGCUAGUGGGGUUCAGUGUGUGCGACAUAUUGAUAGCUGGACGUCUUCUUCUUCUUCUUAAAGUAGUUAAUUAUUUGUCAAUUCAGUUUUUGAUCGUGUCGUUGCUGUAAAAGAUGAAUUUCCAAGAUCUUGAAAAUGGAGGAGCUCGAUCAUUUUCUUCCCCCUCUUCAUCUUCUCAGAAUCCCAGUUCUCAGGGCGUUGCAGCGGGUAUUUUCCAGAUAAAUACAGCUGUAAAUGGUUUCCGAAGACUUGUUGAUGCUGUUGGAACCAUUAAAGACACUCCCGAACAUCGUCGGAAGCUACAUAGUACAAGGCAAAGGAUUGGACAAUUGGUGAAGGAGACUUCUUCUAAGCUCAAAGCACUAAGCGAUUCUGAUCAUAAUGCUGGUGUUAAUCCAAAUAAGACUAUAGAAGAUGCAAAGAUUGCUAGAGAUUUUCAGGCAGUCUUGCAAGAUUAUCAAAAACUUCAACAGCUUGCGGCUGAGCGGGAGUCGGCUUACACACCUUUAUCUUCUUCGUCAUCCUUACCCACAAGCUAUGGUGCGAAUGAACAACCGCGUCUUAGUGACGAUCCAGAAAGUCGGCCUUUCCUUGAAGCACAGACUAGACAAGAGGUACUACUGCUGGGGAAUGAGGUUGCAUAUAAUGAAGCCAUAAUAGAUGAAAGAGAUCAAGGUAUAAGAGACGUUCAAUUAGAUAUUGCACAAUCAAAUGAGAUAUUCAGGGAUCUUGCUGUUCUCGUUCAUAAUCAACGAGCUGUAAUUGAUGAUAUUGCAUCCCAUGUCGAUUCCACUGCUGCAGUAACAUCAAAUUCUAAAACACAUCUUUACAGGGCCCACAAAAGUGUGAAGUCUAGAUCGUCAUGGUGCUGGUGGAUGCUGCUAAUUUUUGUAUUGGUGCUGGUUAUUGCUCUCCUUUACCUUGUAUUGUAGUGUGACAUGGAAAAUUUUCCUUGCAAGGUUUGGUUGUGAAUGUGAGUAGAGUGCUAAACUGUAAUCCUAAUGUGUUGAUUUUGUAACCUCUUUCAUCUUUUCUUUUCUCUAAAAUUGAGAAUUUGUAAAUGGUUCAUUCCUUUGCCCAUAUAUCGAUUGCCUUUUCCCCCCUUUUUCCUGCUUCGAAUUGUGUGUGUAUGUGUUGUUGGAAAAACAAAUAAGAAUUGUAUAGACUAUUUUCAUUUGAUUCAAAACAUGUAAUGUAUCCCAACUUUUUGUGAUGAUA